UGACGAGAGUUGAGCGCUUGUCGGAUUCCGUUUCAGUGCCGCUUUGUCCGUUCGCGAUUGCGUUCUCAAUACCACGUUCCGUCUCGUUUCGUCUCGUCUCGUCUCGUAUCCCCACCUGCGUCGUGCUCCACCUGCGCCGCCGCCUCCGUCACUGUCAGCUCCAACGGCGAGAGUCGAGAGUCGAAGUGUGGUCUAACCUUUAAGCCUUCUGGUUUGGCCCGAUUUCCCUGGGUUCAGUGCACGGGUAAAUCCAAAAUAAUAUUAGCUGAAAGCUUCCACGAGUGUUCGUCUAGAAAGAAAACCAGAAUACAACCGAACCACCACUGCACGUCAACGACACCACCGAUCGCAGCAAUAGCUGCCACACAGCACAACCUCCCAAAACCCAAAGCGAUCCCAGCUGCAGGAUGGAUCUGAAACACAGCGGCACUGGAGCUGCUGAGAACACUGAUUCCUAUAUUGCUGCCAGUAAAUCCACAGACAUGAUCUCGCCCAAGGAGAAGGAGAGUAAGGCGGCCAAGGUGGGAGGGGGAGUGGGCGUGAGCACGGGCAACGCUCCGCCAGAAGGCUACAAAGUCUACGCCCGACGCUGGGCGGUGCUCAUUCUCUUUGUGUUGUAUUCAGCAUCGAAUGCCAUGCAAUGGAUACAAUACACCAUCAUCAACAACAUAAUCACACGCUACUAUGGCAUUAGCGAUAAAUGGGUGGACUGGACAUCCAUGAUUUAUAUGAUCCUGUAUAUACCGCUCAUAUUUCCAGGCAGUUGGUUCUUGGACAAAGUGGGUCUCCGUAUAACCGCCCUAGUCGGCAUCGUUGGGACUUGCAUAGGAGCCUGGAUAAAGGUCUGCUCGGUGGAUCCGUCGCUCUUCUACGUGGGCUUCAUUGGCCAGGCGAUUGUGGCCCUUGCCCAAGUGUGCAUCCUGUCGCUGCCGGCCCGCCUGGCCGCCGUUUGGUUCGGACCCGAUCAGUGCUCCUCGGCCACCAGUGUGGGUGUGUUUGGCAACCAGCUGGGCGUGGCAAUUGGUUUUGUACUGCCGCCGAUGCUGGUGCCGAACUCCGAAGAUCUGGAAACGGUGGGCAAGGAUCUGCAGAUGAUGUUUUACAUGGUGGCCGGGCUCACCAGCAUCCUGCUCGUCCUAAUGGUGCUAUUCUUCCAGGACAGACCACCUACCCCGCCGUCGGCGGCCCAGGAGGCCUCCCAGCGGCUGGAGGGUAUCGAGGCCGAGCAGGUCAGCUUUAUGCAGUCGCUGAAGAAUCUGAUUACCAAUCGGAACUUCAUCUUACUGCUGCUCUCCUACGGCAUCAAUGUGGGCGUGUUCUACGCCAUAUCAACGCUGCUCAAUCCGGUGGUGCUCAAGUACUAUCCCAACCACGAGGUGGAUGCUGGCCGCAUUGGCCUAAGCAUUGUUCUGGCUGGCAUGCUGGGCUCCGUGAUAUCUGGCAUUGUGCUGGACAAGACGCACAAGUUCAAGGAAACGACGUUGGCGGUAUAUGCACUCUCCAUGGUGGGCAUGUGGAUAUUCACCUUCACCCUGGACACAGGACACAUUGCGGUGGUGUACCUAACAGCGUCGCUGCUGGGCUUUUUCAUGACCGGAUACUUGCCGGUGGGCUUUGAGUUUGGCGCCGAACUAACGUUCCCCGAGCCGGAGGGCACCUCAUCCGGUCUGCUGAAUGCCUCGGCCCAGACCUUUGGAAUCUGCUUCACACUCUUCUACUCGGAGCUCUUCACAGCUUUCGGGGACAUUGCCGCCAAUACAACCAUGGCUGUGAUGCUGAUUGUCGGCACGAUUAUCACGGCCGCCACCCGAUCCGAUCUGAGGCGGCAGAACGCCCAAGCUGGAAGUGCGGCUGGCAAUCCCUAAACACAUUACACCACUCUCCCCGGGAAACACUAACCACUCCCACUAUCCUCCACAACAUCCACCCCAACUCAGAGACAGGAGCUGUCGACUGUUUUUAUGUAUAUUACGAGUUCUCUACGCAUAUCAAUUGUUUAACAUUUUAAUUUAUUUUAUUGUUUACUGUACACUUCUAUUGUAGCCCUAAGUGUUGAAUUUUAAAAUGUUCAUUAAAAGUGCACGCACAACACGUAUGUGCACAAAAGUCCUGCAUAUACACACCCACACCUGUAUGUAUGAGUAAGCUUAGACAAUUAUUUUUUAUAUUUUAUAUUGGCCAAGGCAUAAGGUUUAGUAAUUAAUUAGUUAACUUUUGCAAUACAAUGACUUGCAUCGAAAUUCAGCUUUAUCCAUUCUGUUGCAACUGUCCAUGCCCCACCACACUCAACACUCGCAAAGAUACAAUGUUAUAUAGAAAUAUCUAGCCACCACAAAAUAUUGUAGAGAAAUACUUGUACAAUAUGUACCGACCGGUACAGAACCCAAAGGCAGUUUGAAAUGGUUUAGUUGGACGGACGCUUGAGCAGACCUAAACGAGCUCCUUUUUAUGUAUGUGUAACCCAGGCAGACCUAUAACCAAACAGUGGCGGAAACGAGUCUUCAUCACUUCCCCCAAAUGUAUGUACUUCUAUGCAUGUAUAUAAGUAUAUUUCAGACCCGAUCCGGAAGAGAUCACGCUACUGUUGUACAAAGCACGAGUAAAUCCUGCAUAUCAGCAUAUCUGGCAUUGAAGAAUAAUACAAGAUUUGGUACUUCCCUUCAGGGGUGUCUACACACUCUACAUGCAAGAUCAACAGCUGUUCGUCUCUUGUAAUCAUUUUGGAGAAUUUACAACCACCAAGCGCCUGUGACGAGCAGAACAAUUAGAGUCAAACACAAUAUACACAAUAUACCUACAUAUAUAUCCAAAAUAUAUAUAUAUAUAUAUAUAA